CGGUAGAGAGCGUCGAAGUUGGACGCCAGCGCCACCCCGUGCGUCUGUUCAGUUGCUGCGCAGAGUUCCCGGGGGCUCCGCCGACGAUCUAGACAGCUACAGGGGGAUAGUCAACGCUCCAACGCUGACGAAAAUCCUGGCCGCAGUGUGCGCCGACCGGCUCGGCGGAGUCGCCGCGGCUGUUGGCUUUUUCAGCCCGGGCCCGGUUUGUGGUGGCUUCCGCCGGGGGCACCAAGUCGAUGGAAGCACGCGGCGCGCCUGCCGGCUGGCGCAGGGUAUAGCGCGGCUCGCCAGGGGCUUCGGCGCGUAUUCGGGGGCGCCCUUGGGCUGCCCUUGGCGUAGGCCUAUCGGGGGGAUGGGGCCGCCUUUGGAAGGCUUGGCGCUGGGCGGCGCAGGCCUGCCGCGUCGCUUGCCGCCCCAAUCAACGAGGAGGGGCCGGCCCACGAGCAUGGGCAUUGCGUGGAAAGCGUGGCGAGUGUUUCAAACCGCGCUCGUCAUUAUGCUGGUGCUCUCCAAAAGCCGCCACUUCGACCGGGAUGCCUACACUGCGCAAGCCCCUACAAUGUACACGGCCACCACAUUCGCGCUUCCCGACAUGAACGACGCCAGGGGGCGGGGUUGGGGUGCGGGGCGCCUACCCCCGGCUAUUCGACGAGUUCGGCGCAAAGAGCCAUCAUCUUCAGGAAGAUGCCACGCUUGCCAGCGCCCUGCGUUCCCAGACACAGCGGCUGGCGACCUUCUAAAUCGCACACGGGCGGGCCGGGCGGCAGCUCAUGCGGUAUACGGGGCAUGAAGGCCGCUGGGAAGGCGGCGAAGAAGUUGGGGACGAAGAAAGAGCCUGGGAGGGGGGCUGGGAAGGUACCUGACAAAUCCAAACGCUAAGGGGAGUACGCACUGCGCAUAAUAGGGAAGCGCGCUCCUUUCAUGUCGGCCGGCCGCAGAUUGUUGCCGCCAGCGCGGGGCCGCCCGGCGCCUUCCUCCCAAUCUGCGCCGUGAAGCCUCCCCAGCCGCGCAGGCCCUGCCGCCCGACUAUUAUGUGCGUGGAGAUCAAGAAGAAGGCCGUCGGCGGUGACGUAUUCUGCGCGCGCCAAUAUGCAGACGGCGCCCCGGGAAGAUAGGGAGGAAAGCCCUGCGCGCCUUGAAGACCCCAAAGCCUUCGCCCCGGGCCCGCGGGGGGAAUGCGGUGGCGCCGCCGCUGCGCCACAUCGAUCGGCCGCCCGGCCCGGUCGGUUUUUUCCGGCGGGGCCCGCGCCCGCUUCCUGCCCGCCCUGGUCGCGCCC